UCUAAAGAUAACCAUCUUUUAGCGCAGUUUAAAGGUUUCACAUACUUAUAAUCAAUAUUUGUCUAAAAGGCCAAAUAGAUCUUGAUCUACAUAAAAAAUGAAUAUUUAAGGAUCAAUAAUUUUUAUGUAAUAACACCAGAGUAUUAAUUUAAUUUAAAUUCCUCCUCAAAAACAAGAAGUUUUAUGCGGAACCGAGAAAAUCUAGAUGGAUAUCUUUUCAUCGACGGAAUUGAUUUCUCAUGUUGAAAAGUUAUCAAUUUGAACUUUCUAGUCAGCUGAAUAUAUAUGAUUCAGAAACAUUGCAUUCGAAGCCCAACUAGAAAAAGGCUAUCGAAAAUACAUGUUUCAGAUUCAAAUGAACAAAAGUCCAAAUCCUAUUUGAUAUCCUUAAAGUUGUCUUAGAGACAUCCAAAAUGAUCUAUUUCUGCGUAUAACAUGGUUCCAAUGAUGCCUAAAAAGAAGUCAAAACGUUAACUAGACAGGUUUAGAAUUUACUUAACAAUAUAAUUAAAAUGAUAAUCCAUACGUAUAAUCAGUCAAUUGAUGCUGUUGUGAUUUUUGUUGAAUAAUAGUGUUGAUUAAAUGUGUAAUAAAUAUUCUACUAGUAUGAUUUAAAAAAAUAAUUUAAAAUAAAGUCUUAUAGCUUUUGCAAUCAUUCUUAUAAUUCUCUUGAAAAUACAUUUUUUCUAAAGAGCUGUAAAAUCUAUUGAAUUAUAUACCAUUUUUAAUAUUUAUCAAAACUUCCCUCUCACAUACUACUAAAUAUUCUUUUCAUCUUUUUCAUAAUACAUGAAAGUGCAAUAAGUACGGAUGGGCAUUACUAUGCUUUCUGAAAUGCAUUAAAAUUUUUUUCGAUUCAUUAUGUGUAUGCUCCGUAGAAAUGUUAUUGAUAUUCACAGUAAGCUUUGAGAAAAAUAUUAAUUUAUAAGUCAUAAAAAGAAAGAAUUUAUUAAUUGGUAAUGCAUUUAUAGAAUCUGACAUUAGAUACGAGUAUCUGUACAUAUUUUAGUUUUGCGCUUCAUGCUUAUCAUCAUACACUCGGAGAAAAGGUCUUUGUGGAGAAACAGUAUCUGAAACAAUAGGUGUUACAGGCAGACACUAAGACGAUAAAGUAGCCUCAUACAUGUCUGAAAUUGUAUAAUGGAAAAAAAAUGGAAGAAACGCAUGAUCGUUAAUGCAGAAGAAAAUAGCAAACGUGCGCCAUCACCAUCAACUGCUAAUUACUUCGAAAAUAAACAAGAUAAAGUAUCGGAGAACGUUGGACGAAGUAAGUUUCGAAAUAAAAAAGUGGGCAAUAACAGCUUUGGAAAAUUAAGUACAAAGGAAAAAAAUAUUUUAUUAGCGAGACUGUGGAGAUCAGACUCUGAAUCAUCAGAAUCGAGUAUUGAUUCAGAAACAUGGAAAAAUCUUGCAGAUUCCUUUGCAUCAAAUUUCACGAGUUCUGAGGAAGAGGAUGAAACAGAGAUACCGGCUGCAUCUCAGAAGAAAAAAAAGUUGUUUAUGAAAAAGCCCAGGAAACCUUCGAAAACGCCAAGUUUUUCCAAGAUACAGAACAUUUCGGAAGCCAGUAGUAAUACGAUUAAUGAAAAAUGUCCAGCUCCUAAAAAUAACCGAAAUUCCAGUGAAUGCAAUAUUAACAUACGACCAACAGAACCCUCGUCAUCAUCCUCAACUCCGCAGUAUAUUCAAUUCACUGUUACUCACGAGUACGCAGCUCUGCCAUAUACUGAAACGUUACAACGAGCCCUCAAUGUCGCUGUCCCAAACGGAGUUAAUGACAUCAUCGAUUCCAGUAUAAUAGAACACAUCACCUCAAACGUCCACUCCAGCAUUAGAACGCUGCAGCAAAACUUUGAUGAAUUUCGUUCUGACGUAUUAUCAUUUUUAAAAAAAAACGAGUCAUGCAUACCUCAAGGUCGUAAAAGUUCAACUACAUCGAACAAUAUUAAUUCUGAAGUUUUUAGAAAAAUUCUGGAUGAUGAAUUACCAUCGAAGUCAGUGGCGGAAUUUGAGAAAUUGAAUCGUUUACUUGCAGAAUCAGAAAUAAAUCGUUCGGAACUGAUAAAUAGAUACAGCAUUGUCAUUAGUGGUGAAUCAUGCCUGAAAAACUGUAUAAGCAAACUCAUGUCAUAUACGUUGAGUCAUGUAGUACAAUCAGCCUAUUCUGGAUCCGGAAAGAAAUUUCGGGGAACAAAAAAACUAAAUUACAGUAAAACGGAAACUUAUAAGUGUUUAAAAGAUGUCCUAGAAAAAAAAUUUGGCGUUGAAUAUCCUGAAUUAAAAAAACUCAAAGCUCGAGUGGGACAAUGGUUGGCAAAUUAUGUGUCAAGGAGUAAAUAAUAGGAGACUAAUUACUGCAGAUCUUUCCAAUCAGAAAAUUUUCAAGACAGUUCUCAAAUUUAUAAAACAUUAUGAUAUAUUCAUAUAAGUUAUUAGUAUUUUGUAUAAUUAUUUUUGAGAAAAUAUCGUCAAUGCAUACUUAGUGAAUAAAGUCGUUUGUAUAAAAACUGUUUUACUCUUUUAAAUAAAAAUAUGAAAUGACAAAGAAGGCUUGAUCGUCCGACUAUAUUAUCUAAAUAACGUAAAUGAAAGUUAUCUCUACUACGCAACAUAAAUGACGACCAAUUUUUUUACAGUUA